AUGAACCCGGAUAUGUCAGGGAUGGACGUCUUGGGUUUGCCCGCAAACCCAGGCUCUCAAUUGACAGCGUCUCACCACGCCCACCCCUACUCGAUCUCCUCCGCGUCUUCUUCCUCCUCCUCCGUCUUCUCCCUCGACUGCAACUCCGUCUCCUCGACCUCCACCGUUGAUGCGUGGGACAAUGAAGGAAACAGUCAAAGGAGUGCCGGAGGCUGCUCCCGGUCUUACAAAGGAUCUGCUCGGAAAGAUGGUGUAGUGCCGCCCGAGUUGCGUACGCAUCCUCGGCGCACUAACGGUUAUGCCUCUAGCGCUCCCAGUGCGCGGCCUCCGCCUUGUCUGCUUCGGCAAUCGGAGCGGAAAGUCAACUUUGUCGAUAAUCUCGUCGAUACCGCGUCACAGAUCGUUGAGACUAUCUGGCCUCUGUCCGCCGCAGCAUCCCGCAGUGAUGCCGCGACUGGAGCCAAAGGCGUUCUUCCCCUCCGCAUCUUCAUUCAAGAAACACUCCGACGCUCGCGUACCAGCUAUAGUACCCUGCAGGUGGCUUUGUAUUAUUUGAUUAAGAUUAAGCCCCAUGUGCCCACUGACGACUUUACCAAGGAACAGCCUCGGGAUCAGUCCAUGCUGCGGGCUAUGCAGUGUGGCCGUCGUAUGUUCCUGGCAGCGCUGAUUCUCGCUUCCAAGUAUCUGCAGGACCGCAACUACUCCGCUCGUGCCUGGAGCAAGAUUUCUGGUCUCAACACCCUUGAGAUCAACCAGAAUGAGCUGAUGUUCCUUAAGGCCGUCGGAUGGCGCCUGCAUAUCGACGAAGCAACAUUCCAGCGUUGGACCGAUCUGGUCUUGAAGUUGACUCCUGGUGCCGGUGGUUCCCCGGUGACUGAAGGUCAGUGUUGGCAGACGGUCCUUCCCAGACUCACUCCUGAACUGGACUCUGUAGAGUCAGAGCCUAUGACCCCAGUCCCUGCGAUGGGGAUGGAUCUCGGAUUGUCCGAGUCUCCCUCGCCUCGCAGUGUGCCGACCGAGUCUCUCUCUCGCGAGCGGACCUCCUGCCCACGGGGUCUUCCCCGAACACUGGAGCCGACUCCGUGCAUGGAGCUCCCGAGCCUGGCUCUACCCGGAAUGCCUCGUCCUUCCAUGCUUCCUACACCUCAGAUGACCCCUCAAUCCCAGGUGGCCGCCACUCCCGCUGCGAGUGCGGCUGCUUACUCCUGUCGCUCAGCUCUCAGUUCGGCUAUGUACCAGGUGCAGAAUGCGUGCAUGGCGCGAUCGACUCUCGAUCAGCGCCCCCCUCUGUCAUACUGCCCUCGGUCUCAGUCGUUCGAUGGCUACCCGGCUACGGGUCGUCGGUCAUCUUUGGCUCGCUCGACCUCUUCGGCUUCAUCUCCCGAGUCUAUGGUGUCGGAUGUGUCAACUCUGUCGUCCCGCUCAUCGCGGUCGUCGUCGGUCUCGUCCAAUGCCUCGGGAACUGGCGUUACUGCAUCCGCUCGUCUGGCCGUCAGAGCCACCUUGCGCUGCACCAUGCAGGAGUCCCGGAAGACCUUGGCUAUCGCCUCUCCCAUCGAAGAGACUUCUCGAGUCGGUGUCUACAGCUCUCCUGAGUACCCCAGUUCGAUGGGUUCCUCGGUCCCAGAUCUGUCUGCAUUCACCCUGGAUUCCAGUCUGAAUGAAGCCGCUCAGAGUCUCUGCGAACUUUCCGGUGCUAUGCCAGAGCGGCGCCAGUGCCGGAAACGUGGACGCACUGGAUCUGAUGAUCUCCUUCAGAACCAUGUGCGCCAUUUGAUGAACCUCGGUGCCUCCGGUGAAAACACCGUGUUGCCUGAUGGUCAGCUACCGCACUCGUUCAUGAUGCAACAUGAGAAUAAUUCUAUCUCCCAGCGAACUGGCCCCGUCUCAGGGCCAGUCGGCAUGAAACGUGCCUGCUGCGGCAGUGAAGCACGCAAGGUCGCUAUGAACCCGACUCUUCGCGUUGCUGAGUUCUUGAAUUGA